AUUUCCCAACCGGCGGCGGCGGCGGCGGCGGCGGCGGCGACGACGGUGGCGGUGGCGGCGACGGCAGUUCCUUCGCUCGUUCGGCACACAGUCGAACUCCUUCGCCACUAGACGACGGACGUCGUCGUCGUCGUCGUCGCCGUCGUUGCCGCCGCCGUCGUCGUCGUCGCCGCCGCCGUCGCUGUACACGAAAGAGCACCUGGGGGACCAUCUCUGACGCGAUCAUGUCGUACACCGUAAUCGGCAUCCUGAUGCUCGCGUCGAUCGCGCGCGGCUGCCCGUUCUGCGACAGGGAACAAUUGGCACAGCUGCAGCAACCGCAGCAGCAACAGCAACAGUUGUAUCGGACGAUCGGCAGCCCGAGACCGUUCGGCGCUGACAAACCGAGCCGCGUCCAGGAGUUCAACCGCACCGGCGUGCUGCAUCCCGAGUAUCAGAUACCGGCGACCAUCCGGCCCGGCAACGUGUCUCAGUUCUAUUACCUGAGUCCACGGGAAGGCCCGCCUCUCACGUUACUUGUUAGCCCGUGCAGCGGUCCGAUAUCUUGGACGGUCAGUUACGUGGAGCCGCCUGAAAACGAUCAGGAAGCGGAAGGAAUAAAAUCGCAAACGCGGUGGCCCGUGAAGACCCUGAAGCCGGGCUCACCUCUCUUCACGUACGAAGGCGCGGAGGACCAAAAUUUCACGAUACCAAAGACGCGGGCCGGUCUUUACUGGUUCGAGAUCAAGUCCGUGGAGUCCGCGAACGGUUCAACGGAGCAUCUGCCCGGCACGGUGCUUCUGUACGCGACGUCCAGCGCCCUGGAUCACAUACCGGGCAUGUACGCGAACGAGAAGGAGCAUCGGCAUCGCACUCUGCGAUUUCAGCAGCGACGGAGUAAACGGCGGCUGACGAUAUCCUGGAACAAAAGCCACGUAGAUCCUCAUCUCUCGAACUACUGUUUAGCUGUCACUUCGGGCUCGCAGCCGCACCCAUCGACGCUCUGCGCCGCUCGAAAUGUUCUGAAAGCUCAUUCGCACUCCGCGAGAACCGGCUCUUCCGCGAAGGAGCAUCAUCAUCGAGGCAUCCCGGAAGGGUUGCACUGCGUGCGCCAGACGAAGCUGACGCUUCACAGGAUGAGAUACGAUACUACGUACAACUUUACACUAUACGUGGUAAACACCCGGAAUAACGUUUCCAAUCGGGUCACUACUGACGCCAUCCGAUUCAAGAAGACGCCGGAGUUGACGCUGCGCAACGGUCGUUACACCACAGCUAAUCUACGGAAGACAGACGGUUUCGUCAAUUUCCGUUAUCGUCCGCCGGACAACAUUUCGAGCAUUUUUCACAUACUUCCCUGCGGCGGAGGCAUCGUGAAAGCGAAAUUAAGCGGACAAGGAAUAUCGCGGGAAAAGGAGGUGGUCGGAUAUGCCUCAUUGCGCGUACCUCCUCUACCACCCGGCAAGACUUACACGUUACGUAUAUCGACCACACCGCAGGAGCUGGUUCGAGUGUCCACCAUAAAAGUGCUGGCUACGCAGGAAUCGUCCACCAUUUAUCCGCAAGCGAAUUGGGCGCAUUUCUUGAUGCAGAUACCAUCUAGAAGCCCGCCGCGGGAGUACCGAUCCUUAAGGAGAUGUAACGAGGUGACGAUAGGCGUGGAGUCGGCCGGCGCUGCGAAGUACUGCACUCUGGUGAAGGAGCUGCGGAGCUCGUCGUCCUUGGCCAGCGUGACGACCGUUCCGGAUCAGUGCGGCCUCCAUCGGCGCAGGCGGUCCGAGUACACGUUCGAAGAGUGCGAGGAGAAACUUAGCCCUCCGACAGACAGGGCGCUGACGUUCACCUUGAAGAGGCUGCAGCCCGGCAAGGCUUACCUCCUGCAGAUCACGGCGCAGCUGAAGGGCCAGUCCUUGUCGUAUCCGCUGUUGGGUGUGCGCACACGACGUUCCUGUUAACAUAAUCUACGUAAUUCCCUAAGCGAACUGUAUGGGCGAUGCAACGAUAAUCUGCAUGAGCAUCGUUGAUAAUUUUUACUUGUUUUUAUUAAAAAUAUAUAUAUAUAUAUAUAUAACGUGAGAAAAGACGCGCAUAUUUUAACGAUUGAACACGCAAGUCGUGUUUCAAAAUUUCUCUCGGACGAAAAGUACAAAUGCGAGCGUAUGGUAUCGGAUUUUUUUUUAAAUCGCUUUUUUAUUUAUGUGACUUAUUUCAUUUUGCUAUCAAUCUGUUUGCCAAUCAGUUUGUGAACGUCGAAGGCAGAUCGAUAUUAAUAAUUAAUAUGCCUUGAGAGGUUGCUUCCAGGAUUGAAGGAUUACGUUUAGUCGCGUUUCGAGGCACAGUCAUCUAGUCUAGAUUUUACGACAACGUACAAUCAGCAUCCGCGGCAAACGCGGAAUGACCAUAAGCGUACAUCAACGUGUAUUUUGAUAUUUGUAUAACAUAUAUGUACAUUUUUUUUUCUUUACAUUUUAAUAUUGUAAGUCUUUUUAUAUGUACACUUCUUACCCUAAACAAGUACAUUGAAUAUUUUCGCUACUUUUACAGUUACUCGUAUUGGAUAUAAAUUAUAUUUGAAGUCGAGAAAAUGAAAUAAAUAAAUUUUGAUGUUAGUAAUUA